AUGAAGGACACACAUGACGCAUCUACGACACUAGAUGAUAUAAUUAAUGAAUUGAAAUUAACAUACGACUCAUCCAAUGGUUUGUUAGAUGGUGACUCCAUCCGUACUAUUCCCAAUGUAAACAUAUUAGCCAACUUGAACAAGUUGUUUGGGAACUUGAAAAAACAAUUAAUUCAAAUAGAGCAAAACGAUGAACAAGUAUUACAAAAGAUUGAGGAAAGUCAGGAGGGCUCAGGAGAUGAAAAGAAGAAACGAUCAGGUGCACAUUUAGAGGACAGCCAAGAGGAAACCAAGAAAAGAAAACUAGAUCCCACAGACAAUGAAGCAGCAGAAGCAGCAGAAGAUGCUACGGAACCUAGAGAAAGAAUAAACCUGAAGGAUGACCCAGUACCGCCAGUUCAAUCGGGAUCUUUCUCUCAUGAUAAUGAUACGAGACUCAAGAAUCCCAAAUCGGAGUACGUGGAGCCACAGGUGCUAUCUUCGGAGGCAAUAUCUGCACUCGGUCUAUAUUCAGAGGGUAAUCACGGUUUGGAGACGCAUGGUAAGGACUACUUGAAGAAAAAAUAUGCCGUUGCAUCGUACCCUGAAAACGAUUUGCAAGAUUUACUACCGGGAAACAUACCCGAUAUAGAUUUUUCCAAAAACAAGCCACCAACCAAUCAGGUUCAAUUUAGUACAUUUCAAUCUUACAUCGAGUCGUACUUUCGUCCAUUCACUAAUGAAGAUUUGAAAUUCCUCGAGGAGAAAAACAUAAUACCCCCCGGUUUUGAGAAAACUAACUACGACUCUGAUGUAUCGCCAUUCAUUAUUCCAAGAUUGGGUAGGUUUUAUGCAGAUGUGUGGGCUGAAGAAGAUGCCACUUUGGCAUCCAAACUCAACUCACCAACGGUAUAUGCCAACCAAACUGAUGGGUAUAAAGCAAAAGGAUCAAUAACUUCAUUGAGUGACGACAAGCUUUAUACUGAGGAGGUCUCCUGCGGCCCAUUAUCUAGCAGAUUGCUCUCGGCAAUAUUAAGCAACCACGAAGCGGAAAAUGAUAACGAGGGGGAUAUAGAGGGCGGCGAGGUAAAGAGUGAGAAUGGAGCUGAUCGCGACAAUUUACUUGCCCAAGAUGAAGUUGCCACGCAAUUGAAUAGCAAUGAGGAUUACAGAAUAACAACAGACGCAAACGAUUACCAGUCAAUUGAGGAUCGACUCAAGAGAGAACUCAAAUAUAUUGGAAUAUUUAUGAAUCUACCCGGUAACGAAGAUGGCAAGGCUAGGGCCAACAAGCUAUCGGGAAGGAUACCGAAAAAGCUGGCGAUCAGCAUAGUUGAUAGUGAUGAGUGGAUACGAAAUAAAGAAGAUGAUGAAGUUUGCGCAGAGAUUAGGUCGUUACAAAAUGAAUUGCGCGAGGUGACAAGUCGGAAUAGAGCCAACAAAAGGAAGCUAAUCCCACUUACCCAAGACAGUAUUGCGUAUCAAGAAUACUCGACAAUAUUGGAGGACUUGGAUAAGCAAGUUGAUCUGGCGUUUAUGAAGAGAUCUAAAGGGAAAGGUAAGAAGAAAAAGAUCGAUGCCAAUGCACCACAACAACAAGCUGUCAACAGUGGCCUUAGAGCUCUUUUGGAGAAACGAAGAAGAUGGAUUGACUCUAUUGGUAAGCUAUUCCCACCACCUGAGAUUAUGAAAAGAGAACCAACCGAACUGAUUCUUAUAAAGGAAGGUACAGUCGAUGCUGAGCUAAAUGACGAAGAAGGCGAUAACAAUGGUUCCAACGCCGUAGAUUUGAUGACACAGUGA